AUGUCUCGAGAUAAAAGCGUGUGGUUUGCCGAAGAAAUAUUAUUAGAUGCCAAAUUAAUUAACUUCCAAUUAGAAACUGGAGAAUGGGACGCUGUGGAGGAAAUGUUAAAGGCUGAGGCACAACUUUCCAGAGAUGCGGAGACCGGGCGAUUGCGACCGAAAAAAGCAUCUGAAUAUACUUUGCGACUUAUAGCUGAAGUACUACACAUUAUGAGGCUUGAUGUAGAACAAGCUUCUUACAACCGAAGCACACUUGCUGUUGCAGAACAGUGCCUCCGUCUCGUUCGCUCCUGUGCAGCAGCUGGCACCAAAAUGCAAACAUAUAUAUCUAAGGAACUCUCUAUUUUGGACUCCAUGUAUAUCCUAGCCACAGAGUAUCAACAUCCAAGUGACUUUAUUAAUGAAGAAUUGCAAAAAAAGUUUGAAUCAUGUAUGACAGUUCUCAUGCAAGCUCUAGGAAAUUUAGUUGUCAACAACCCAUUUAAUCAAAUAAUGAUUUGGAAUAAAUUUGAUACUAAUAUCUUGAACAGCCUUGUCGAUCAAAAUGAUAAAAUAGCUACUGCUGCGGCAAUGAUCAUAUACAACAUACUGUUGGGGCAACCAAAUGUGUUACAAGAUGAUGUAACGCUUUUAAACUCAUUGGCGUACAUGUACAGUAGUGGCAACACUGAAUACCCGCAUUUAAUUAUAGAAUACUUAAUUGGAGUUGAGAAUGCAUAUAUAGAGAAAUUGUAUUCAAAAUUAGAACCUGAAUGUAGGAUGCUUGUGUUGAAUUUAGCUUACAACAUAUUGAUGUCAUCCGAAUCUCAGGAUAUUAAUGUGUCUGUGAACUUUGUGAAGUUUAUGGCUCAUGAGUUUAAAAGUAAAUCAGAUUGUAUAUUGAAAACUGUAGACAAGUAUGUAAAUAAUAUUGAGCCGCAAGAAGUGGUUUUUCUAUUGGAGAUCAUUGCUACUGCGUCGAGUAUGGAUGCAUAUAUGGACUGUUUGCAGUCUGAUAGUUCACUAUUUAUCAACUGUGCUUUUCUCCUGCGUGCCAUACACAAACUUGGGAAAGAGAGUCAAAAUUUCUUUUCGUCCAUUAACAAGUUGUAUGCAGCUACAGGGAAAACUCUUAUCAAUGAUGAAAACAAUGUCAAUACAACAGGAGGAAAUCCACUACAAAAAAACGACUCCGCCGACAACAUGCUGUCGUGUAACGAAACUACAUCCGAAUGCACAGAAUCUGAAAGUAGUGAGCAAUAUUUCGAAUGCAACGACAUACCGUCUUACAUAGACAAAGUAGAAGCUUUCGAUAGCAUGGUGCCUUUGAAAUCAGAGUCUACACCCAACGUUAUGAACGGACCAAGUAACAACAUGAAAACCGAUUCAGAUCUUUCGAAAGUAGCUUACAAGAGGAGUAGCUCAGUACCAAAAACAGAAGACCGCGUCCCUCUACCGAGAAGACGAAUUAGUUUAGAACAUAAAAUUGACAUCGGCGAUGACACUGAACCGCCAUUAAUCAUCGAUUCUACAUCACCAAACGGCAGCAUGAACACCAUAGCCGAAGUUAUACCCGUGGGUUUGCAACCUAGGCUGGAUUUACAACCGACAAGUCGUACAGAAUCUCAAGACAGCUCACCAAAUGACCCUCCAACCGAAAUCCACUUCCCAAAAGAGGAAUUAAAGACCGAAAUUAAAGCAUCUCCUAGCGAAAUAUCCCCACCUCUAGCAGAUAGUGUACCAGAAGCAGAAUCGCAAAAACAAUCGCCUGAUACUCCAAAGGAAAUAAAGAAAAGUCAGAAUCUUUCCACUGACUUUGACUUAAGCGAGCAAUUGCAGAAGAUUCUGGGUAUAUCAUCGGAGAAGACGCGAGGUGACGGUGCUAAUGGUGAGAAGAAGGUAGAACUUGCAGUGGAAGGCAAGGUUUCAGAAGAAAGUUUAACGGUUAAAAGCAGUAAAGAAGAUAUUAAUGUAAAUAAAAUACCUUCGGUGCAGAUUGACUCACCUGACAUGCAGAAAACAAGACUAGGUGCUAUCGAUCCUACUACACCAAAGAAAGCUAUGACAAGCGUGGAGACCGUGGAACGACAUGUGGCUUUUGGGUUCAAGGCAGCGCUGGUCAGGACGCUCGCCAACCUUUGCUGGAAAAAUCAAGAAAAUAAGAGAAUGAUCCGCGAAUUGGAAGUGAUCCCAGUACUACUAGAUUGCUGUAACAUCGACGCUCGUAAUCCUUUGAUAAUGCAGUGGGUUAUUUUCGCGGUGCGAAAUUUAUCUGAAAACUGUCCGGAAAAUCAGGAAGUUAUAUCAAAGGUAACCCUCAAAGGCCCCGUGGAUAAUGAAGUAUUGCAAGAGAUGGGUCUCACUCUCCACACCGACAGUCAAGGAAAUAACAUCAGGAUCGUGCCCCUACAAAACAACUAG